ACGGUGCGUGUCUUUUAGUGGCUCCCAUAGACCGACCUUUUUGUUUGUGGGGCGUGUUCUCUCAACUCACGCGAACACUUCACGAAACUUCUCUCUAAUGGAUCUAGGAGAAGCGGUCAUGUAAGGGAUGGCGGGGGAACGAGUCAAUUCAUCUCUCGAUCUGAGCCACCUGACCGAGGACGAGAAGACCUCCAUCCUUCAGGUCCUGCAGCGCGACCUGGAGCUGCGUAAUCGUGACGAGGGCCGUGUGAGGAUCCUGGAGCAGACAGGGACAAACCCAUCUUUUCUGCGGCUGCUGUCCGGGCGCUGGUUUAAGGAGGAGUGCAGCAAGCGCCAUAACAGCUGGACGUCGGGCAGCGACCUCAUCCGGGCCUCCAUACGCCACAGAAAGACAAAGAGCAGAGAUGUAUCUCUGCAGGAACUGUUUGAUGGAGAAAGACGGGAAUCUGUUGCUGGCAGCGGUUCUCUGGAGGCAAAGGGGAGACCGAAGGACUGCAAAGACAAGGAGCAGGAUGAAGGGCCUCAUGGAAACUCGGCACACACAGCCAGACAUCAAAUUCCUGGCAUGCAGGAGAACAGCAGUAUUAAUACCUCACACUCCAAAGCUGUGCCAAUAGGAUAUGAAAGGAGAAGUAAUGGCCACCCAGGGAAAUACGAGGAAGAUUUGAGUCACAACAGGGACCCAAACUCUCUGAGCAUCAGCCUGACAGAACAAGAUCCAUCCUCCCUGAAUACCAAGAGCUCCACCAACAGCCUUCAGUCGAGCUACACGCUCAGUGGGAGCAUGAUGAGUCUGUUCAGCUCGGGGGAUUUCGGGGUGGUGGAGGUGAGGGGCCGCAUCCAGUACUCAUUGGUUUACGACGAUCACAAGGAGGAGCUCCAAGUGAAGGUGUACUGCUGCGAGGACAUCGCCUCGGCGCGCAGGAACCGCUCUGAUCCAUACGUAAAGACUUAUCUCCUGCCAGACAAGUCCCAUCACAGUAAGAAGAAGACUUCGGUGAAGAAGAAGACACUGAACCCAGUCUAUGACCAGACCCUCAGAUAUAAAGUGCGUGCAGGGGAGCUGCAGAGUCGAACUUUAAACCUCUCUGUGUGGCAUGCCGAGCCCCUGGGGAGGAAUAUCUUUCUUGGAGAGGUGGAGGUGGCUCUGGGGCUCUGGGACUGGACCUGCACACAGCCACUGUGGCAGGACCUGCAGCCACGGAUAUACCUGAACCCAGACUGUGUUAGCAGCAGAGGGAAAAUCUUGUUCUCGAUUAAAUUUGUUCCAGAUGGAUUUGAAGGUGGGGGUCUGCCUCUGACCGGGGAGGUUCACAUUUGGCUUCGGGAGGCUCAGGGUUUGGUGUCCCACAAAGGAGGCCCGAUUGACUCCUUCGUUAGAAGUUACAUUCUCCCAGACGCUAGUCGACAGAGCGGUCAGAAGACGCGGGCGGUGAAGCGCAGCAUCAGUCCUGUUUACAACCACACAAUGGUCUACGACGGAUUCCAGCCCAGCGACCUUGUGGAGGCCUGUGCCGAACUCACCGUGUGGCAGCGCGAAGGGCUAAAGAUGCACAUGCUGGGGGGGAUUCGUCUGAGCUACGGAACUGGACAAAGCUAAGGGGAGCCAGUCAGCUGGAUGGACUCAACAGAAGAGGAAAUUGCAGUUUGGACCGCCAUGAUUGAAAAUCCAAACCACUGGAUCGACUCGACACUAACAAUCAGAGCUAACCUCACACAGCGCUCUGUGUGACUUGCACAUUUGUUGGAGUUUAUAAAUCUUUGGACUGGAAAAAGAACCUCUCAUUUAUUCAUAUCUGUUGCACAUUACAUUCUUAUUUAUCAUUUCUGACACUAAAAGCGUCUUAAAAUUUGAAUUUUUGAGAUUAGAUAGAUACUUUGUUGGAACUUUUUAAUUUUUUUUUGCUCAGUGUGUUUAUUCUGCCAUAAAAGAUCUUAUGAUGUAUUGUAAUUUAUCAGUUUGUCAUUAAACCUAACUGGUGAUA